AUGCACGACGAAGGAAACAGCGUCUACGCCACGCGCUCGACGAAGAAGCGAGCCUCGGCGGCGGAGGCCCUGAAAGCUCCGGCGUCCAAGAAGCAUCGAUCAGUACUCGGAGAGAUCACCAACUCGCCGGAACUGGCCUCGGCUCCGAAGAAACCGAAAAUCGAUAAGGAAGAGGAAGAAGAGGAGGAGGGACUGAAGACGGAGAUCGGUGUGAACUCGAUUGAUCCGGUCAAAUGUGCUUACUCGCCUUCUAUGUAUAAGCAUCUUCAGAAAUUGGAGGUGGAGGGGAAGAGUAGACCUUUCUGCGGUUACAUGGAGAAGGUGCAGAAUGGCAUUUCAGAACACAUGCGAGAAGUCCUGGUAGAUUGGUUGGUGGAGGUUGCGGAGGAAUACAAGUUUGUUUCAGACACCCUUUAUCUUACCGUAUCAUAUAUUGACAGAUACCUUUCUUCACACGUUAUCAGCAAGAACAAGCUACAGCUUCUUGGUGUUGCGUGCAUGUUUAUUGCCUCGAAGUAUGAAGAGAUUUGUCCUCCACGCAUUGAAGAGUUCUGCUAUAUAACUGAUAAUACCUACAUGAUAGAAGAGGUGUUGGAAAUGGAGAAACAUGUACUCAAAUGCUUGAACUUUGAGACUUAUACUCCCACAACAAAGAACUUUCUCAGAAUCUUCGCGAGAGCUGCUCAAGAGAAUUCCAAAUCUUCGGAUCUGCGGUUUGAAUUCUUGGGCGGUUAUCUUGCCGAACUAAGUUUGCUUGAUUACUGCUGUGUUCGAUUCCUACCAUCAAUUGUUGCUGCAUCAGCGGUUUUUCUUUCUAAGUUCACAUUUCAGCCUGAGGUUCACCCCUGGAGUUGGGACUUGCAAUGCUAUUCUGGUUAUAAACCAUCGGACUUACAAGAUUGUAUCCUUGCCCUUCAUGACUUGCAGCUGAAUAAAAGAGGAUGCAAUUUGAGAGCUGUUAGAGAUAAAUAUAUGCAAGCAAAGUUCAAGUGCGUAGCAACAUUUUCUUCACACUCGGAGAUUCCUGCAUUUUAUUUUGAGCAAUCGACUAAGUGCUAG